GAGGAUCAGUGUUGCCUUGACUGGUGUUGGGUUGGGGGAGAGCGCUGUGCACGUCCCCGUCAAGUGUGGUGCUGAUGUGUGGUGGUAUCCUAGUGGGCGUGCACCAGGUGGUGUAGUGGUGCUCUACCUCCACUCGCUGCCCCCUCCACCAAGUGUGCACCCCUCUCUCUCCCUCUCCACCAGUCACCCCCGCCGCCUACUGCCCUCCGUGUCAUUCCUCGACGCUGGGGUCCACCACUCCGUCACACCCACCUAUAGUACCGCUACCAUCUGGGCCCUCUUGGGAACCUCUGGUAUUUUGAGCAGCCGUCCCAAGGGUGGGUGUGCGGCCCGGGGGACCAGUGUGGCGGUGUCCGUGUGUACUCAUAGGGUGGUGGUGUCCUCUCCGUGGUGGUAGGGAGGUGUAUGGUACGCUGGCUUAGUGCUAGUAGUGUGGGUGUGGUGGAGGAGAGGGUGCGGGUUGGUGGCUGCCACAGUAGCCCCACACACACACACACACACAUACACACACACUCUGUGGUCACUUCCUCACCCACUUGACAAUACUGGCGCUCUCACGCACGCAUACCGUCCCACUGUGUUGGAUACUGCACGCACUUGUCUACCUCCUGGCCCUGUGGCACUUGUCCCCGCCCGGGCACAUCUGCGCCCCGUUAUGGACACUUGUGCAUCUGUCUCCCAAGUCGUCAAAAUGACAGUGCGUGUAAUGGUGCGUGAUGGUGGGCACAGAGCAUAAUAGCCAUUGGCGUGGCGGGUGUGGUGUUGGAGAAGGGGAGGAGGCCAGCCAGUGCCAUGGAGGCCCUCACCACCACCAUCAGUUCCACUACCACCUCAGGGAGGAGAAUGCCUCCCCAUAUGCCUGCUCCAAUGCCUCCAUCUGCUUACACACUACCUCAGCCUGAAGAGUUUGCCACUGUCCAUGGAGGCUCCACAUGUGCUAGACGCCCACUACCUCCCCACACUUCAUCUACAAGGAAACACCGGCCAAAUCACCAGCGGAACCUUUCUCUUGAUUUCAGGUCUAUGGGUAUUGUGUUGCCUCCUCUGCCAGCUUUAACAUACAGUGGGUCUCACCAGAGAAACCGCAGCCUGGACUCUGUAUUGCAGAAGAUUCCUGAGGUAGAGGGUGGAGAUGCUCCCCAGCACCCACCUGUCAACAACCCUCCCCUCAAACCCAGUCUUUCCUUUACAUUUUCUGAUGCUCCAAGCUUUAAGUUGAAAAGUGAUCCCUGUCGCACUAGAGCAUUAUUGACAACCUCAACUGUUGGUCAUCCUGUGGUGGUCAAGCGAGAAAAGGAUCGAUACGACCAGUCCAGCCUGGGUUCGGAUGAUUCCGGCAUCUGCAGCUCUGAGGGGGACAAUACAAGGGAACCAAGUACAGAACGAGCACAAAGUGCAGACUGCAUAGAUGGUGGAUGUCUUGGUUCUGAUUGUGAUGUGAAAAGUGUUUAUUCAGAAACUUUAGAUAGUGAAACAAACAUGGAAGAGCCAGAGGUAGAUUCAGUGAGUGAAGGAGACCCUGGAGACCAGACUCUUAUUGAAGAUGCAGGUGAUGUCUCCCCUAGUGAUACAACAGUGACAGAGAGCAUGGACUCGCCUCUAGAGACCAGUCUUGGUGACCGCCCUAAUCUCUUUAAUGACCUGCAAGCAUUUAGUGAAGGGUAUACAUGUUCCUCAGACCUUGUGGAACCUAAUGGUGAAAUGAAAAUAAAAUUUGUGGGUACUGAAUUCAGAGAACAAAGUGAUGAAUUAUUUAGAGCUAGCAGCAGUAGUGGUGCAAGUUCUUAUGCGGUCAAUACCAAAAAUGGUGCCAUUUGUACUGCAAAUUCUGACAGUGGUGGUUUAGGUGCUGUACCAAAAUGCAGCAAUAAUGGUGCCAGUGUUGCUGUAAAUAGCAGCAGUAAAGGUGUCAAUACUGCUGGGAGUAACACUAGUGGUGUGUGUGCAGGUGGAAGUAACAGCAGUAGUUGUGCCGGUGCCGUUGUAGGCACAAGCACGACUACUGCCAGUGCUUCUUUCAAGACCAUAGUGGACGAAAAGCCAUCAUUACUCUUAAGAUUAUUUGAAAGCAAGAUGUUUGAUAUGGCGAUGGCCGUGUCCUAUUUGUACAAGUGUAAAGAACCAGGAGUACAACAGUAUAUUGGCAACCGUCUCUUCAGCAUGCCCCCAAGCGAGUCUUACUUCUUCCUACCACAGUUGGUCAACAUGUAUGUGCAAACAUUCGAAAUAGCCGAGGUGCUUCACCCAUUCUUGGUUCACUUGUGCCGCCAUGAUAUCACCUUUGCCCUCCAGUGUGCCUGGCUACUAGAAGCCUUCUCUGCAGACACAUUCCACCAGAGGAAAAAAUCACAUGGUACCAAGCUGAAAAAUCUCAUUCUUUCAGACGAGUUAAGGCCAAAAUCCGAAUCUAUUGGAAGUUUUGCAAUGGAAUCCAAAUUACAAGUGUGCCAACAACGAUCUACCUUGUGUACCAGAAUAAAAGAGCACCCAAGUCCAGGUUCCAAUCCAGGAUCCCCCGUCACGGAGCUGCCGCCACCAUUUAUCGCGAGAGUAACUUUCCCAGCCCCAUCUCGCAAGUCUCACCAGCGCUCAAGGUCAGAUGCUACUGCGGCUCUCUCAGCUCAGUCCAGUUCUUCACGGGGACACAAGCGCACCCAGUCAUCAGGAAGCCUAAAAAAUUGUCUUGGUGACCUCACUUCUGGCCGAGCCUUCGAUAAUGGUUGUUGCUGUUUUGAUUCUGAAGAAGCCAGAUGUAACUCUCUGCGAGGAAAAGCUGUUGAGUGUCACUGUGGAGCACCGAGAUUAUCGCCAGAGUUGGAGUUUGUGCGAGCUCUUAUCACUGUUGGUAAGCGCCUGGGAGCUCAGCCCACCAAAGAAGCCAAAACCUCUCGAUUACUUGCUGAGCUGUCGGUACUAAAUUUAAACUUACCUGCGCGUGUGUACCUGCCUUUGUGUGCCACAGAGAUGCACCAUCAUGUUGUCCGCAUCCCACCGCAAGCUGCUGUUGUGCUGAAUUCUAAAGAUAAGGCACCAUACAUCAUAUAUGUUGAAGUGUUAGAGGUGGACAACCUAGACACUGCUCCUGUCCAAGCAAAGCUGACCCACAGUCUGCGGCACACUCGCUCUGAGGAAAACCUAGUCGACUCUCCUGCAUCUACCUCCUCCUCGCAGCUAGACCUUACUGCCACGCCAACUACCACUGCCACUGCCACUACUAGUGGCCUUGGCUCUACCUCUUCCAUUCCGUCUUCACUCAGUUCACCUCACUUGACAUCUGGUUAUAUAGAUGAAUCCGACUGCUGGAGCCACGAAGAUGACGAGAUCAGUCAACAGUACUACAGACCUAGAAAACUAAGAGACCGUGAUACUAUAUCCAUGAUGUCUUUAGACUCUUGUGACUCGAGAGAAUUGACCAACAGAGAAGCGGCAGACAUUCGCCGACGACUCUCCGAGACCGUAAAUGCUCCCAAGACAGGAUUUAAGAGAGACCCAGAAGAUCCAUCAGCAGCAGCUCUAAAAGAGCCUUGGCAAGAUAAGGUGGAACGUAUCAGAGAAAGCUCUCCGUAUGGACACUUGGCAUCUUGGCGUCUGCGAUCGGUGAUUGUCAAAUGUGGAGAUGAUCUGAGGCAAGAGUUGCUUGCUUACCAACUUCUCUGUAUGUUUCAAAAAAUAUGGAUUGAAGAAAAAGUAUCAUUAUGGCUUAGACCUUAUAAAAUCUUGGUGCUAUCAGAUGACUCUGGCAUGAUUGAACCCAUUGUCAACACGUGUUCAUUGCACCAGAUCAAGAAAAACAGCAAGAUGUCUAUGUUGGAAUAUUUCAUCAAAGAAUUUGGAGAUAAAAAUUCUGAAGAAUUUCUUACAGCACAAAGAAAAUUUGUUGAAUCUUGUGCUGCUUACUGCCUUGUUUGUUACAUUAUUCAGGUUAAAGAUAGACAUAAUGGAAAUAUUUUGUUGGACAACGAGGGUCACAUUAUACACAUAGACUUUGGUUUCAUGCUGUCGUCAUCGCCCCGUAACUUAGGGUUUGAGUCAUCCCCGUUCAAGCUGACACAAGAGUUGGUGGAGGUGAUGGGGGGAGAAAACUCAGACAUGUUUGCAUACUUCAAGAUCCUGCUCUUGCAAGGUCUUAUGGCUGCCAGGAAACAUAGUGAGAAGAUCCUCUCCUUGGUUGAAGUCAUGAGCUCUGGUUCCAAGUUAGCAUGUUUCCGUGCUGGAGCUUCAGUGGUACCAGCUUUAAAAAACCGCUUCCAUGUCAACAUGACUGAUGAACAGCUCCAGGCUCAUCUGGACUCUCUAGUGUAUAAUGCCAUUAACUCUAUUACUACCAGACUUUAUGAUGGCUUCCAGUACUUCACCAAUGGGAUACUCUAGCCUAGAGAAGGCCUGUGCCUUUGUACAGUGAACAAGUGACAUGGAACAAGUAGCAUAAUGCAAAAAACCAUGCAACUUGGUCCAAGUUGGUAUAUCGAAAGUGAAAUGAUUUGGUCAUAUAGGCUAUAGUUGGUAAUAGGUGUGACCUGGGCCGGGUAGUGUGCAGCAGAACUAGUGAAACUUGUUGCAGGUAGUACAGUAUACAGAAGUACUGUACUCUUAUAACUUGGUCCAUGUGUUGUGCUGUAGCAGGUCUGAGGUAACACGGUCCUACCAGUAUAUACCAGAAAUGAUGAUGAUUGGUCCAGGUGGUAUGCAUAAGCAUUUGAGAGCCCUAGGUCAAAAUGUCUAAAUACUUGGGUUACCAAGAUUUCUUCUCAGUACAUUUUCUGAAAGGUACAAGUGCUUGUAGAGGACAAUGCUCAUUGAUGAUACAAGUCAUGCUAUGAAUUUUACAAACUGGACAGUGAAAAGAUUAUUAGUGUAGUGAAAUGUGUACAAAUGUGAAUUACAGAAAAUUGUAGAGAUAACCAAAGAAAAGAAGUGAAGUCGAGGCAGCAGGUAACAAGAAAUCAUUUUCACAUUGUCAAGUUACACAUUUGAUUACUGUAUCUUGGUAUUUUCUCAAGUUCUACAACAUUGAAACAAACAUCAAUUCCAUUACAAAUUUAUAUUUUAACAGGGCUGUCCAGUUCUUGUCUGGACAUCUCAGAAGUACUCAUUAUUGUUUUGUUAAUAUUGUUUGCAGCUCAAAAUGUUAGUCAUGGCUUGGAAUCCAUAUUUUUUCCUAUCUUCUGUGAAAUCAAAAUUAUUAAUAUUGGUUUCUUGGUUUGUGCUUUGCAUUUUUAUCCUUUUCCAACUGCAUUCCUGAUCUAGCUGGAGCAUAAGGUUCAGUAUUAUUAGUAAUGUUUUUUAUAGGUGUCCAGGAUUCAUUGUAUUUUUAUAUGAAACGGAAUCGUUAAUGUCGAUUUUAAAGAACUCGGCUGGGUUUUUUAGAAGUUAUUCUAUAAAUAACUAUUUACAGAAGCUUUAACCACUCACAAACCAAGGGUUAUUGUCCCUAUAUCAGUGCCAACCAAGUGAGGGGUGUUGGCAUAGUCAUGUGUCAGUCUACCAAGUAAGUGUGACAUUAGGCUUAGCUACACCGUGUUGUAGUACAGAAUGAAGCGAGAAUGUUUCUUGGAUGAAUUUAAUAUCAAUCUAGUAAAGGUAUAAUUAGUUUGGUCAUAAUGUCAGCUGAAUGCAUGUGUAAAUAAUGGUUUCUUUAAAAUGGAAUGGUUUCUUUCACCAGGUGUGUGUGCAUGCAAAUGCCAGUAAGCCUUUUUUCAGUGGCAUCAGGUUGAGCAUGUAGCAAUAGACUGUUUAUCAAACCAAAUGCUUGUUGAUAUCAAUCCAUUUAGAGGCGAGUCAGCUGUCUUUGUACUAGCUCACAUGUCGGUGUUACGUGAGCAUUCGUACAGAUUCAUGUAAGGUCGGUAGGUCAGAAGGGUUGAUUCUGGUUCACAUAUCGUCAGAGGAGUGAGUGUAUUGGUGCUAGCUCAUGUAUUUGUCAUUCAGGAGUGUGUGAGAUACUUAGCCUCGUGUCACUGUCAGUACCAGGUAUUCUUACCCCAUCAUCUGACACUCGCAAAGAGGAAGGUAAAGAGUAUACAUACAUUAAUCCAUUUACUUAAAAAAUUGCAUUCAUUCAUUUUGUAUAUUUUUGCCUGUUUUGUACAUCAAGUUAUUAAGCAUUUCCUUAUUAGGAAGAUUUUUUAUGCAGUGUUACAUUGGAUUAAUGAAGUGUAUGGUGGGUGAAAUAUGGUGCAGCCUUCCCUGCCUCACCCCUCACAGGUCUCUCAUGUCUGCAUACAGUAUGUCGUCCAUUACUCAUAAAGGAUAGCUAGAUCACUUUUGUAAUACAUCAUGAGGCUCUUGUAUGCCAAUAUAUUAUUAUAAAUGCAAUGAUUUUGUUCCUGUCAGACUUUUUGCUUGUAUUUGUAUCAUUGUAAGUACUGUAAAUAGCGAGUAUCGGCAGGUUCAGAAACUUGCACACAGUAGUUGCCACAAAACUUGCAGGGGAGGUGUGGGUGGGUGGGUUUACAGCUUCUGAAAAGUUAUGUAUUAUUAACAUGCUUGUGAUGCAGCCAAAUUGAAAUUCUACUUAAAUUUAAAAUUGGAUGAGGGGUUAUGUUUGUGGUAACUCCUGGCUCUGUCCUGUUGUAAACAUAUUUUGUUCUCAUAUUCAAUAAACUGUUAAGAAAA